UUUAAGCAGGCAGUUGGGAGUGAUUAGACCGCUGGUUUUUGAAAAAGCAUCCCAACACAUUAAAAAUGUUAAUUUGCGAAAUCAUAUAUAAAAGAAAACAGAAAGAGGUGUCGGAUUACAUCUUGGUGUAAGCACUGAAUGGGUGGCAACUCCAGAUGCUGCUGCUGACGUGGCGAGUAAAAUGUCUGCUGGACGGUAAUCCUCCUCCUGACCUCGCCUCAAACCAAAAUGAGGGCAUCCCUUUUAAUACUGAUCAUACCCAUACUUUGAACAUGCAAUAAAGGACAUUUGAUUUGAUUCCCAUGGAGACACACACUAAACUUGCUGUUCGUUUGCAGGCCAUUGCAACUACUUUAGUAGACCAACAGGAUGUGGAUGAGAAACCUCGUAGCUCUUUGCCUGCUUACUCUUGCGGCCUCUGCUGAGGACAAGAAGUUGAGUGGCCAUGCGUUAACACUGGCUGACAACAGCGCAAAUUUGGCCUUUAGCCUCUACCACAACAUGGCAAAGGUGAAGGAGACGGAGAAUAUCCUGAUCUCACCUGUGGUGCUUGCCUCCUCGCUGGGAAUAGUCGCCCUCGGGGGAAAAUCAUCCACCUCCUCACAGGCCAAAACCUUGCUGCAUGCAGACAAACUCAAGGACGAGCAUCUGCACGUGGGCCUCUCUGAGCUGCUCUCAGAGGUGAGCGAUGCCAAAACGCGCAACACCACAUGGAAAAUCAACAACCGCCUCUACGGGCCCAGUUCGGUGGCUUUUGCCGACGACUUUGUGAAAACCAGCAAGAAGCACUACAACUACGAACAUUCAAAAAUAAACUUCCGUGACAAGAGGAGUGCGGUAAACUCCAUCAAUGAGUGGGCAGCUAAGUCGACCGGCGGCAAGCUGCCAGAAAUUACCAAAGAGGUGGUCAACACCGACGGGGCCAUGAUCGUCAAUGCUAUGUUUUUUAAGCCUCACUGGGAUCAGAAGUUCCAUGAAAAGAUGGUGGACAACCGUGGUUUCCUGGUGACCCGCUCUUUCACAGUUUCAGUUCCCAUGAUGCACCGCACAGGUCUUUACGACUUCUAUGAAGAUGUGCAGAACCGUCUCUACAUUCUGGACAUGCCUCUUGGCCAGAAGCAAGCCUCUAUGAUUCUCAUCAUGCCAUACCAUUUGGAACCCCUGGAACGCCUGGAAAAACUGCUAACCAAGACACAGGUGGACACUUGGCUCAGCAAGAUGCAGAAUAGGGCCGUGGCCAUCUCACUGCCCAAAGUCACCAUGGAAGUCAGCCACAACCUGCAGAAACAUCUGGCUGAGCUGGGCCUGACUGAAGCAGUGGACAAGGCCAAGGCAGAUUUGUCCAACAUCUCCGGAAAGAAGGACCUUUACCUCUCUGACUUCUUCCAUGCGUCUGCUCUGGAGUUGACUACAGACGGCAACCCGUUCGACACUAGCAUCUUUGGAACGGACAAGCUGAGGGACCCUAAGCUUUUUUAUGUAGAUCACCCUUUCAUUUUCCUGGUAAAGGACAACAAGACAAAGUCCAUCCUAUACAUUGGCCGUGUGGUUCGACCUAAUGGAGAUAAGAUGCGCGAUGAGCUAUAAUGUUGAUAUCAGUUUAGGUUUUAAGUGUGAAACUUUGUCAUGAAAACUGCCCCCCCCCCAGUGUUACCUCAGGAACACAUUCCAUAAAGGCAGACUGUGGACUGAAUAUCUGAGCUUUUGUGACAAACUCUUUUGAUUUGAAUUUUUUUGUCCAAAUAUGAGCCUCAUUGAGAUUUUGACUAUUUAGAUUAAGUAUGACAUCUCUCUUUGCUGCCUGUUAAUAUUGUUAGCAGACAUUAAGCAAUGAUCCAUUUGUUCUCAUGCCUUAUGUUUAAAAAUGUUAUUUUUGCCAGUUUUUACAAAACACUCCUCAAUAUACACCUUUUGUCUUAAACCUGCACUGAAUAUGACAAGAAAAAUCUGCAUUUAAAAGGUUUGCAUGUAAUUUAUGUUUAUAUGCCUCGCACACUCAUUGCUGUCCACAUAAAUGCUGUUGGAAUUGUGUGAUUGUGAACAAAUGUCAUUUUUUAAUUAAAAAAGAUAAAAAAGACAAAAGCCAUACUAUUUUUAUUUAUUUUUUGGUUUAAAAUAAAGGGAUAACAAUU